AUGCGUGAGGUCAUCAGCAUCAACGUCGGUCAGGCUGGUUGCCAGAUCGCCAACUCCUGCUGGGAGCUUUACUGUCUCGAGCACGGUAUCCAGCCCGAUGGAUACUUGACCGAGGAGCGUAAGGCGGCCGAUCCCGACCAUGGCUUCAGCACUUUCUUCUCCGAGACUGCCCUGAAGCAUGGGCUGUUUGCUGAUACAAUCCGCUUUCUAGGCCAGGGCAAGUACGUCCCCCGUGCCAUCUACUGCGAUCUGGAGCCCAACGUUGUCGAUGAGACCAACCUGGUCCCCUACCCCCGUAUCCACUUCCCUCUCGUCGCCUACGCGCCCAUGAUCUCUGCCGCGAAGGCCGCCCACGAGGCCAACUCCGUUCAGGAGAUGACUAUGUCCUGCUUCGAGCCCAACAACCAGAUGGUCAAGUGCGACCCCCGCCACGGCAAGUACAUGGCCACCUGCUUGCUGUACCGCGGUGAUGUCGUUCCCAACGAUGCCCACGCCGCUGUUGCGACUCUCAAGACCAAGCGCACCAUCCAGUUCGUCGACUGGUGCCCGACUGGCUUCAAGCUCGGUAUCUGCUACCAGGCUCCCCAGAUGGUGCCUAACGGUGACCUCGCCAAGGUCAGCCGUGCUGUGUAA